AAAUCAGAAUGACAGCACAUGGAAAGCAUGUAUGACAUUUUUCCAGAGGAUGCAGAUGGGGCCACCUACUUGUACAAGGGUUGGCCGGCCUACCUGUAGGCCUGUAGGACCCCCCCAAAAAAGCACUGCUGCCUCACAAUUCAGAACACUACAGCCAUUGAGUGGCUGGCCGGAACAUGCCAAACACAUGCUGACAGCGGCCAGGUGUUUGGUGAAAUGGGCAUUCCGGAGCCUUGGGUUUGGGUUUUGGCUCGAGAGUGUUAGCCUCUCGCCGGUUUGGAGUCUCAAGGAUGGGCUUUUGUCUAGGUCCUAUAUGGGUAGGCCAAGUCGUUCAAAGUGAAGAAGGCUUGAGAACGCAAGACUGAGACUUCACAGACUGAGGAGGCGAAGAUCCGCAAGGCUUUGGUCAUCGGAGACUGGACGAAUUUCGAGAAAGCCUUCGAAGCAAUGAUGGAGUCGUGACAGCAUGUGACAGCUGAGUUCCUCCAGGUUUGGGUGACCCUGGAUCCAUCUCGAUCUUUCAUGGAGCUGGGGCAUCCCACCGUGAAGCACUCUUUGGGACGGCACAUUGAGGUGGUUGAUCGCGCUGACAGCGGCCAUCACGAACGACCUUUCUUUAAGGAGACCGAAGUUUAAACCAUGUGGUUUGAAGCCCGCUUUGAAGCAGCCGGGCAGGAGCAGGUGUUUCGCUUCAUCGAUGGAAAGCUUUGCUCAGAAACAGAAGCCAAAUCUCUUGUAACGCAGCUUGCAGACCUGGACCUGGAGUAUGUGGCGAACAGCUUGAGGAUGGAAAGCGUCCACAUCCAACUUGCUACUACCGCUUCGAGAUGUGAAUGUCAGCGCAAACAGAAGUGGCGGCCAUUGCUGAGGCCCAGGAUUUGGAGCCACCAGAUGACUUCAUGUGCUGUGGUGAGGUGGCUGCCUGUGUUUUGGCCGGUGGACAGGCGACGCAGCUUGGCUUUGAUGGGCCGAAAGGCUGUUAUGAGAUUGGCCUGCCUUCGAAAAAGCCCUUGUUCCAGAUCUUCGCCCAGAGCUCCUGUGACGAACAACGACCGAAGGGGAAGAGAAGAGAACUUGGUGCGCCUGGUGCGCUUCGUUUUGGUUCCUCACGUGUUGUCACAUCAUGUUGUUCCAGUCGAAGGCACCUGCCAAAAAAUCAACAUCGAAGAACAGUAAAUCGAUGCCUCUCAGAAGUGUGAGAAGGACACCAGCGAGGUCACCCUGUUUGACCCCGUGAGAACCCGAGAGAACCUGUGGACCUCGGAUGACCCCAUAGAAACAUUUGCCGUAUGAGGGCUUCGAUUUUUGCAGGGCUCCUUGCCACAGUCUCACGGUUGACGGUUGACUUGCUUUUGGAACGCCAGAGCUGCAGGCUCACAGGUUGGUCGCCUUUGUAUUGCGUGGUUGCUUGCAUUCUUUUUUGUGUUUGUUUUGCAUUUCUUUGUCCCAUUGCAUUUCCCCGCUGCAAUCUUUCUUUGGGAUAUUUUUCAUGGUUGCUUUCGGUGCAGCGAGCCUAUAUACAAGUGGGCAACACAAACAUAGUUAGCUCCAAAAGACUUGCCUGACACCACAAACUGGCAGAAUGCAUGGCAACAACAGGAUUCGUGUUGGCGUGUUGGCAAUCAUUGGCAUGUGGAUUGUUCUCAUUUGAGUCUGAGAGUUUGAUCUCGAGCUGGGCCUUACCACUUUCGGG